CUUCUCAAAUCCUUCAUCAGAAGUAAAUCUACACAUACACACAUACAACCGAAGAUAUAGAUAUAUAACAGAUAGAUACAGAUGACGUCAUCAUCGUCAGCGAGAGUAGAUCUGGACGGAAACGCAAUAAAGCCGUUAACGAUAUGCAUGAUCGGUGCCGGUGGAUUCAUCGGUUCACAUUUAUGUGAGAAAUUGAUGAAUGAAACACAACACACAGUGUUAGCUGUUGAUGUAUAUAAUGAUAAGAUCAAGCAUUUACUUGAACCGGAUUCUCUUCCUUGGACCGGCCGGAUUCAGUUUCACCGGCUCAACAUCAAAAACGAUUCGCGCCUUGAAGGUCUUAUCAAAUGCUCCGAUCUGACGGUGAACUUAGCUGCGAUCUGUACUCCUGCGGAUUACAAUACGCGUCCUCUUGACACAAUUUACAGCAAUUUCAUCGAUGCGCUCCCUGUGGUUAAGUACUGUUCAGAGAAUAACAAGCGUCUCAUUCACUUCUCUACUUGCGAAGUAUAUGGAAAAACUAUUGGCAGCUAUCUUCCCCAAGAUAGUCCCCUGCGACAGGACCCUGCUUACUAUAUUCUCAAGGAAGAUACUUCCCCUUGCAUUUUUGGCUCAAUUGAGAAGCAGAGAUGGUCUUAUGCAUGUGCAAAACAGUUGAUUGAGAGGUUGAUCUAUGCCGAGGGUGCGGAGAAUGGUCUUGAGUUCACCAUUGUAAGGCCUUUUAACUGGAUUGGCCCUAGGAUGGAUUUCAUUCCCGGGAUUGAUGGUCCCAGCGAGGGAGUUCCAAGGGUUCUUGCAUGCUUUAGUAAUAAUCUUCUCAGGCGUGAGCCUCUUAAGCUUGUGGAUGGUGGUGAAUCACAGAGAACCUUUGUUUAUAUCAAAGACGCUAUUGAAGCUGUUCAUUUGAUGAUUGAAAAUCCUGCUAGAGCUAAUGGUCAUAUCUUCAAUGUUGGUAACCCUAACAAUGAAGUUACAGUAAGACAACUUGCUGAAAUGAUGACCAAGGUAUAUGCAAAAGUAAGUGGAGAAGAUUCAAUAGAGACUCCGACCGUUGAUGUCAGUUCCAAAGAGUUUUAUGGUGAAGGUUAUGAUGACAGCGACAAAAGAAUUCCAGAUAUGACCAUUAUAAACAAACAAUUAGGUUGGGACCCAAAGACAUCGCUAUGGGACUUGCUUGAAUCAACACUUACCUACCAACACAGGACAUAUGCCGCAGCAGUUAGGCAAUCAAUUGCAAAACCAGUAGCCAAUUAAAAAUUGUGUUUGGAAAAAAAGUGUCCUGGUUCACAUCCAUGUUUGCUGUAAUACUUUUGAAGAAACCUCGAGUAUCAUUGGUUCAUUUCUUUGUCCAACGUUUUGUUAUAUCAUGUCCAAGAUAGUUAAAAAGUUGUUAGGAGACUCUCGCGCCUGUAAUUUGUAGUAAGGGAACUCUGCCUGUAUAAUUCUCCUCUGCUGUGUACACAACCAAAUAAUUGGGCUUUUCUUUCAUACCUAGUCGUCCUCCUGGCAGUUUGUGCUAUGGAGACCGUCGUUUCGGUUUUACAUUUGUUAUAUUUCUUUUGCUCAUGAGCCGAUGAGCGCUAAGUGUCGUGUUCUUUAAUUAGGUCUUGUUCGGACCCCUCUUCAUAAAUUAAAUAAAUUAUUGUUAUGUGUUUUUGUGGAA